GAAAUAUCUUUGCACAGCUUCGAAGGGACUCCGCCAGAUCCGAGUGGCACCACCUGGCAGUCCUGCUUUUCAAACUCUGCCGUUCGAAGCGAGCCGUUGGUGUUCCGCCGACGUUAUGUCGUGGUCAGUGGCACUACGAAGAGCUCUCUCCAAAUCAAACCCGUCAGGCAGCUGUUGGAUGUACUGGAUCUGAGCCAUACGAUUUGGCAAACCUUGGAGUUGUCUGAAUGCGAGCAAGUUCCGCUUGAAGUUCCUGAUGAUUCUGAGCCAUACUCCCCGUCUGCCUUUGACGCGCAGCCUCCCAGCAAUGUUCUGCUCAACUCAGAGCCUGCCAGGCCUGGGCCUGAAAGGAUGGUGACGGGACAGAUUCGCAGCUUCGUCCGUCAGAACUCUGGUGGCAAGAAGUUUCGCAUCGACAGUGUAGGAGGCGGAAUGACUUCUGAAAUGGGCGAGCAUGCCAGGGGCCAGAUGAGUUGGUGGUCCCAUUCACAGCAGGCUCCGGUGAUUGGAGCAAAGGUGGCAGCAGAUCAGGUGAAUCGCGACCUCUUCGGCACGUGCCACUUCACGCAGGAGCGGACAGAGGACGGCCGGCGCCGGCGGCUUGUGAGGAAGGCCACGCUUGGCGAAGGGCAGGAAGGGCAGCCUCAGGAGGAGGACUUCGACGACACCGCCUCCUGGCAAUCUUGGAGGUCCGGAGUGAUGUCCAGUGCCUCGCGGCGCUCUUCCCGUGGCCGAAGUGGCUCCGUGAUGAGUCUAACAAGCAACGCGAGUGCUGUGGCAAUGCGCGAGCUGCUGGCAACCAGCGACGAGGAGACACAUCCACACGACGUUGAUGAAGACUACGCCAUAGGUUGGCGAUCAUCCGCCAAAGAGGCCGAUGCUAAGGCCAUCGCCGCCGCAGACGGCUCGCGACUCUCGUCGAAGCUACAAAUCGACAGCUUGACAGAGGACGGCGAUGAGCCCGAGUUCCGGGAGGAGCUGCUGAAGGCGCCGAACGGGGACGAGGAGGAUGCCGUGGAGGCCUUCUCUCUGGAUCCGGAGUUCGACUACGACAACCCACCUGAGGGCAUGUCCGGCAAAAUCGACCCGAACGACCUCCGGCUCUUGCGGGAGGUGAUGAGGGUCAGCCCAAGGUCGCCACGGGAGCGCCAGGAGGAUGUCGCAGAAGACGCGGUCCACGAGCCAUGA